AUGUCCAGCCUUGCCGAGCGCUUUGCAGCCAUGCAGAUUUCCCAGUCCAAGGAGACCCAGGACCUGGACUUGCAGAAACUCAGCUACGACCAGCUCAAGGAGAUGCCCAUCAGGUUCGGAUCAGCCAAGACCGGCCAGAGUUUUCUGACAGUGGUGAAAGAAGAUCCGAAGUACUGCACGUGGUUUCUCCGCCAGUACGGCAACAGUCAGAAGCUGGAGCACAGAGAAUUUCUUCGGUUCCUGGAGUUGUGGACAGAACGUCAAGAACUGGAACAGAAUGUGGGUCAAAAAUCCACUCCAGCUCUCAUGACAAGCAAGCCCAAAGCCAAGGCCAAGAGUGGAGGGGGACAUGGGAAGUCUUCCGAACGUCCCAUGACGAUCGAUGUGGAAGAGGAAGAAGAGGAAUCCUGGGAUGCAGUUUCACUCCGAGGAAGUCAGAACAUCGACGAGCAGGAUAUUGCUCCCAGAGUUGGCACUCUUGUCUUAGAAAAGGGUCCCCUGUUUGAUCGUACUCAGGAAGCCUGCCCAGAUCAUGUGAUCCGAGUGCUGGAGAUUUGUAAGGGUGCGGACCGUUUCCGCCAGUCUCCUAUUCGACUGAUGCCGCAUGAGGCUCCCCUUCGGUUGACAUUUGGGCUCUUAAGACAGGGCCUUGAGCCAUUCAACACAGGUACAUGGCAACCUUGGGAACACCUCAGUGUCCGAAGGACAUGUGCCAAAGCCCCAGCUGCCAGACUGAUGAUCACGGUAUUUGCCAGACCCAAUGCCAAUGCAAAGAGGGAAGUCUCCUCAAGUGUGUCAGUAUUACCUACCAAGAAACCACGUUUGUCUUCCGAAGGCGAUCAACUGGAGCACCUCACAAAAGAUGAGUAUGACCCACAGCCAGAAGUGCAAUCAGAAGUCUUGCCCACUGACAGUCAAGGAAGCAUCUGGAAUAUCGUGAAUGUGCUCGCAGGGCCUUUGCACAAGCUGACAACAGCGAGAAGCUACGCAGAGCAUUUCUCCGGAGGCAAAGACCUCAUCGAGGUCGACAUAUAG